AGGCGGGUCCGGGCGAGGAGGAUCCGGCCGAGGCGGGAAGGAGGGCGGCCGGGCGCCCCAUCGCGGGGGGUUUGCCCGGGAGGGAGGGAGGCUGGCAGCCAGCGCUUCCCCGCAGGGCUUUCCCCGGGGAUCGAUCUCGGACGGAGCCUCGGCGAUGGGUCCGGUGGGGCUGCAGCUGCUCUCGGGGGCCUGCCUGCUCUUCUCCCUGGGCAUGUUCGGGACUGGCCUGUCUGACCUGAAGCAGAUGUUUGCAACCCAGAGUGUGGAGAACAUCCAGUUCCUGCCGUUCCUCACCACCGAUGUCAAUAAUUUGAGCUGGCUGAGUUACGGCUUCCUGAAGGGAGACUGGACUCUCAUUCUCGUCAACGCGGUGGGCGUGACGUUGCAGACUCUCUACAUCCUCGUCUACUUCUACUUCAGCUCCGAGAAGCGGUCUGUGCUGUUGAAGACCAUGGGCUUAUUGGCAGUGCUCCUCCUCGGCUAUGGCUACUUCAACCUGCUGGUUCCGGAUGUUUCCGUGCGCCUGACACGCCUGGGCCUCUUCUGCAGCCUCUUCACCAUCACCAUGUACCUCUCGCCACUAGCUGACCUGGCCAAGAUCGUGAGGAGCCGCUCCACGCAGUGCCUCUCCUUUCCGCUGACGAUCACAACCUUCCUGGCUUCUGCCUCCUGGACCUUGUAUGGGAUUCUGCUUCAGGAUGUUUACAUCGCGGUCCCCAACGUGCCAGGCAUAGCCACCAGCCUCAUCCGGUUCUGGCUCUUUUGGCGCUUCCCUCCGGACCUCAACAAAACCUACAAGUCGCUGCAGGCCUGAGGACCCAUGGGAUGGGUUUUAUGACCGCCCUUGGCCAAGGAAGGGGGAGAAGCGCUGAGUUUCGCUGGGUGUGGCUGCUGCGUCCCAGCUCUCCUUGCACCCUCAGGAGCCCCCCCCCGACCAUCCGGACUGUGCAAGUGGACUCCGUGGCAGGAACAAUUAAUUCCUCCUCCAUCUUGGGCUGUAUGGUGCAGACUGAAAACCAGGGAGCCAGAGCAGGAAAAGGAUGAAGGAACCAACCCACUCUCUCUGCUGCUUUUCCAGGGUACGACAGUGGCCCUCCGGGUGCUGCUGGACUACAACUCCCAUCAUCCCUGCCCAUUGGCCAUGCUAGCUGAUGGGAGCUGGAGUCCUGGAACAUUGUUG